UCCCGACGAGUGUGUAACGGUCACUCACGAAGUGUUUGGAAAAAGGUUGAAAUUUUUGCUUGGAACUCAUGAGAGGUGGUCCAUCGUGUUUGUUUUUAUUUGGCAUUAAUUUUAAAAGUGGUCGCGACGAGACAGGAAACUUUCGCCAUGGAUUCACCGAGAAAUUCCAAGGCGCGUUCCGGGGGCAAAGUCAGCAACUCGAUGCGUGACAUUGUCGAGAUUAACCCCUGCGGGGCUUACUGCCGGAUGCCACGGUGCCGGUUUAUGCAUCGUGUGUACCGAUCGUUCCACUUUUACGAACACUUCCGCAAGGAUCAUCCCGAGGAGGCACGGCGGAGGGGUCUACUUCAAAAUUUUGGCCCGACGUCGGUGACGCAGCACAUCAACAGAAUCCCGGAAAUCAAUUCUGCGUUGCGCCCACGGUCUACAUUGCCCUUGCGGCAACUUGUCCUGGAAUACAUUUCGAUGGAUGACGACGGAAUUCACUGUGAGUUGACCAGCGGCGAGCCCAAAUGCACGUACGUGCAGCAAAAUUUCAACCACCCAAACUUUGCGCGACAUUUUUGCAAAAAGCAUCCCGUUGAGGCCAGUCUUAAGGGCUUCUGUCGAGGUUUCCUCGAGGGAGUUCUCGAAAAAAGCGUCCUUAAAUCAUCAAAGAAGGAAGUCAUCCCAGAAAAGAACAAACCGCGCAAGGCGGUGCUCGAUUACGUUAUGCGCGAGCAAGAAGGUUGGCGCUGCCGAAUCGCUGGCCCUUGCUGUCCAUUUGUGCGGAAGGUUUUUGUAACGGAAAAAUUCCGUCGCCACUUUCGGCUGAACCACCCGGGAGAAGCAAAAGAGUACGGAUUCUUUGAGACGCUGAUGCAGCCGAAGAAGGGGCGCGGGAAGAUUCUGGUGCAGAAGCAGAAGGUGGAAUCCGAAGUUCAACAUAUGGACACUUUAUCCACAUGUCAAUCUGGCAACGCAACGGAAAAUGAUGAAAAUUUGGACCAAAAAACACCCAGCGAAGAUCCUUCCGAGUACUGUCGAUUAUGCUUCACCGCAAGCGAAGUUUUAGAACCAAUUUAUGACCCUUUGGAUGGCACCGAUCUUGCCGAGGUGAUCGAAACGUGCACCAACGUACGACUCGACUCCGACGUGGACCAUCAGAGCCAGAUUUGCGUCGGGUGCCGGCAAAAGUUGCACGAGAUCCAGCGUUUCCAGGGGCAGUGCCAACGGUUGAACAACAUCGUCGUCCGCGACCGGCAAGAAGUAAAUGGCGCGCCCAUCGAAACCGCCCUAGUGGACGUUGAGCCAGCGGCCGCCUUUCUGGUGGAGAUGAUCAAAACGGAGCCGGAAGACACAAUAGCGGUUGUGCAAGAGUCUCCACCGUCGGAGGAGGAAACCGACGGAGAGUUGCCGUACAAUCAGCUCGAGACCGGUUGGUUUGGCUGCCGGAUGUGCAAGCGGACGUUUCACUCGCUGACCGCCAUGACUGCUCAUCUUCGGAACGCACAUGAUCAAGCGGAGCCUCCUGUUCCGUCUACUUCAGCUGUUGAGGAUGAAAGUAUGUCGUCGUUCCGUGUGGUCAUGGUGGGAAAUGUACCGUACUACAAGUGUACCGAAUGUGACACGCUGAUGCGGGUGAGGAGAAACGUGUUGCGGCAUUGGCGGCGAUUUCAUCGUGAUGAUAGCCGGCAGGGGAAGCGGGUGUACUGUGCAGAGUCCGGGUGUGGUCAGUUCUUCAUGGAAGGCAGAGCCCACAAGAACCAUCUUGAGUUCUUCCACGGUAUUCGGUUGCUGGAUUACAAAGCGAAGUACUCAGAAUAGAUUAAUAAUUGAUCUAUUUUGAUCUACACUACAAAUACAGUUUCACAAUAAAUAUUGCUAAAUAAAAGAAAUUAAAUUUUCUUUUUAUUCCUGUCCUGCGUGAUUUUUGGAAUG